GCUAAAGGGCUGACAGCCUGGUCUGUCAACUAACAGACUUUCUUCUUUGGAGAGAGGUUGAGAAGUGGGAGAAGUCAUGUAGCAAUCCUUUGGGAUACAUUGGUGACUUUAAGGUAAGUUUGCAUUUGACACACAUGGUCGGUCUGAUCGGUGUUAUAGCUUCAGAGGGCCUGGGUUUGGUACUGAAGUAUUUUUUUAGUACAUUUCCAUUAAAAGCUCACAGGGUACAUCUUACAACAAGGUGUGCUAUGCAAUAUAUCACAAAUCCUGAUAAAAAAUCUACUAUAUAAGUGUAUUUUGGUUUGUUUCAGGCACCAAAUUCUGGUCCUAGAACUAAGAAAUGAGAGUGCAAAUCUACAAGAACCGCAAGCCCCAAAAGAAAGACGUAUAAAUUCGUGACUUAAAAUCAUAAUGAUACUGUGUGAAUUUUAGGAAUCUAUGAAUGUAAUGCUUCCCAAAAAAGCCUAUCUGAUCCUAAGGUCAUAUCUCUGUUUUUUCUGCUUCCCUGCUGACACUGCGAGCGAUACCUGGAGGAACAUGGGACCAGUGAGCUAGCAGAGAAGUGCUCUUGCACCUUGGUCACUGUCUGUGCCAGUGUCAGCUUUGGACACAGAUGGCUGCUACCUGAAACGAGCAGAUCUUCUGAGAGAGCCCGGGACGCAGUGGCAUCACUCAGAAGUUCUAUGCUGAUGGCCCUGGAUGUGGCAAAGUCGCUCUCUGAAGCCUCGCUGAGCCAGAAGGCCAAAUGUUACAGAAGGUGGGACUGCAUGGACAGACAGACGGACUGCCCAGAAUUGGCCAGCAACGUGCACCAGUUUUUGGGUGCAGAGGAAGCCAAAGCCACCCUGAACGACACGGAGAGCCUGGCAAUGAGUGGACGUGGUGGUUUGGCCACCGGUGUUACAGCACUCACAUCCAGAUUGCCUGGAACGAAAGCAAACCGCCUGGAGAGACGGCCGCUGACCUACGGAGCUGACCACAGUGGUGAUUCAUCUCGUCUUGGCCACUGGUCCUUCCUGGAACAGCAGCAGAACUCCACAGAGGAAAAUGGCACUGCCAGCAUCCAUCACAUCGCUUCCAGGCACUGGAGCCAGGCACCUUGGUCCCCGUCCUCCAGCCCCCCGGAGUCCUUGCCUCAGCAAACCCUGCCCAGCCCCAAGAGCCCCAGGCAGAGCCGCUCCAGAUCAAGCUUCUCCACUCUCUCUUUAGAGGAAAACAGCAUCUCUGAGCAGCAGGAAGGGAGGCGGUCCCAGAGCUCACCAGCCAGCCUGGACACACCUACUGCAGCCGCCUGGGAGCUGUGCCACCAGCAGGGUGUGACAGGAGGUAGGACAACGGGAGGUAGGACAACGGGAGGUAGGACAACAGGAGGUAGGACACUGCAGGCACGCAAGGCCCUCAGCCCCCUGCUGCGUGACUGUGCCGCCAUGGAGCGUGUCAGGAAGAUGUCCUCCUAUCAGGCUGAUUACUGGGCAUGCGCCAUACCUGAUUCAUUACCCCCAUCCCCGGAUCGUCAGUCUCCCCACUGGAACCCCAAUAAAGAGUAUGAAGACUUGCUGGACUAUACAUACCCGCUGAAGCCAAAGUACAAGCUUGGGAACGUGCCGGAGCCUCUAUUCCAUGACUCAGGAGUAGAUCUGGACAGCUUCUCUCUGUCUCCUGAGGGCACUUUCAGAUCCACCAGCAUCUAUGGCCUACGUUGGCAGGAUCAGGGAAGGAGAGAGAAUCGGCAUCAGGGGGCUGUGGCUUCCACAAGGAGACACUCCACACCAGUGGCUGGAAAAGCAGGCAGUGCGGGAGCUUUCUCUCACUACGAACCUUCUCCCAUUGCAAAAGCAUCCUUGGCAAGGAGCGCUUCCUCUGCUGGCACAGCAGGUCCUGCUGGAGGUUUUGCUAAGGGUUUAACGUUAUCCAGGUUAGCCAGACUGAGUUCAUUUGAUUGCCCUGAUGUGGAUGGGGGAAGCUGGUGUACCAGGAAUCCCUUUUCCAGUCACAAAGGAAAGGUGAAAAGCGCUGAGAGGUUUCUGCCUACAACACAAGUACUCCCCUUGACAAGGGAGUGGGACGGUGAUGAAGAAUUCCUUUCCCUGCCUCCCCGGCUCCGGGAGCUGGAAACGUUGUCUCAGAUUUUGUCUGAUCUUUCCUUAACUAUAAGGACACCCAGGCAAAGCCACUGGGACCUUCCACCUUGCAGCAAUGGCCCAGAGACCCUCUCGUCUGAAUGGGCUCCUUUUGGAGAAGUGGGCAGCAGGGACCUAAGGGAGAGAACUGAAGGCCCUGCUGGGCUAUGUCACCCCUACGGCUGGGACAGUGCUCAGCCAAGCAGCAGAAUCAACAGAGACCCUCUGCACAGACCGCAUCUCCCUGCCAGCAGCAGGGCUGUCCUGGAGGGGACACGCCUGAGCAGGCUGCACGCUGCAGGCUGUCCCACAGAGGGGGACCAGUGGAGUGAGUCCCUUGCCCAGUGCGUUAAGGUGUUUUGCCACCAGCUGGAGGAGCUCAUCUGUUGGCUGUAUGAUGUGGCGGACACGGCGGACGGUUGGGUGCCCCCUAUGCCUGAUGCUGCCAGCGUGAGGGCGGCGCUGCACCGUUACGUGGAGUUCAGGAAGGAUGUGGCCGACCACCGGAGCCUGACAGAGAGCGUGCUGCAGCGUGGAGCUGCUCUGCUUGAGUGCAUGGCCUCCAAUUCGCCAGCCUUAAAGGACACACUGGGUUUGAUUGAGAAGCAGUCAGAGGAGCUGGAGAACCACGCAGAGCGCCUGUACCAGUCGGUCCUGGCUGCUGUGGGUCCCGUGCAGGGGGAGAGCAGCAGCAGUGCGCAGCAGGCAGCAGCUCAGGCACCAGAGGCCCAGUGGUCGAGCAGGGUGCUGCCUCCAUCAGAGCUGAGCUUCGUCAGCCAGGCUCAGGAGGGCUGAGCAGUGACUGCAUGCACAGCUCUGCAGGGAUGCCACUGCUGUGUUGGACCAUUCGGUUUGGUUUUUACUGUAGCCACAGAAGGGCAAGCUGUGCAGCUCCUGGUAUUGCUGUUAUUGCUAAGCUGGGAGCUCUACGAGUGAGGAAUGUACAGCUCUCCACCUCCUUCUUUGUUUUAUUGGAAUGUAGCUUACUCUUUUAUUGCAGUGCUCUGUCCCACGGGGCAGGAGCACAUUUUUUUAUCUCAGUAAUCCAUAGUGUGCAGUGCAACUCACACCUAAGUAAAGCUGUGUGAUUCUAA